CACGGCAGGUGUGAGGAGAUGGUGGGGGAGCAGCCGGCGGGCACCGGCCGGGUGGUGCUGGUCAAGAAGAUCAUCAUGAAGGACGGGGCAGCGCUCCAGCAGGGUAUCGGCAGGCCCAGUGUGUACCAUGCGGUGGUGGUCAUCUUCCUGGAGUUCUUCGCCUGGGGACUGCUCACUACGCCCAUGCUCACCGUGCUACAUGAAACGUUUCCCCAGCACACGUUCCUGAUGAAUGGACUCAUUCAGGGUGUGAAGGGUCUACUGUCAUUCAUGUCUGCUCCUCUGAUUGGUGCACUGUCAGAUGUGUGGGGCAGGCGGUCCUUCCUAUUGGUCACCGUCUUCUUCACCUGCGCCCCAAUCCCUCUGAUGAGGCUCAGCCCCUGGUGGUACUUCGCCAUGAUCUCCAUGUCUGGAGCUUUCUCCGUCACCUUCUCUGUCAUUUUCGCCUACGUUGCCGAUGUGACGGACGAAAGAGAGAGGAGUACAGCCUACGGCCUGGUAUCAGCUACCUUCGCAGCCAGCCUGGUGACGAGUCCGGCCAUCGGGGCGUACCUGUCGGCCUGGUACGGAGACAACCUGGUGGUUCUGCUGGCCACUCUCAUCGCUCUGGCCGACAUCUGCUUCAUCCUGCUGGCCGUGCCCGAGUCUCUACCGGACAAGAUGAGGCUCAACACCUGGGGGGCGCCCAUAUCCUGGGAGCAGGCCGACCCCUUCACUUCUCUGAGGAAGGUUGGUCAGGACCCGACGGUCUUGCUGAUCUGCAUCACUGUGUUCCUGUCUUACCUGCCGGAGGCCGGACAGUACUCCAGCUUCUUCCUCUACCUCAGACAGGUUAUCAAUUUCUCCUCCACAACCAUCGCUGUUUUUAUUGGAGUGGUGGGCAUUCUGUCCAUUGUAGCACAGACCCUCCUCCUAACGCUGCUGAUGAGGACUCUGGGUAAUAAAAACACUGUUCUGUUGGGUUUGGGCUUCCAGAUCCUUCAGCUGGCCUGGUACGGCUUAGGAUCAGAGCCAUGGAUGAUGUGGGCGGCUGGUGCUGUAGCAGCAAUGUCCUCCAUCACCUUCCCUGCAGUCUCUGCUCUGGUGUCACACUCUGCUGAUUCUGAUAAACAAGCGCUCAUCCCCGGCCCACCUUUCCUGUUGGGGGCGUGCACCGUGGUGGUCGUCGCCUUCAUCGUCGCACUCUUCAUCCCCGAGAAGCCCUCCCCUUCCUCCUCGGCCUCUCAGCUGUCACUCAGCGACAAGCCCCGCCCAGACAGCAAAGAGUCAUUGUCCACGCUGGCGGGCAUCCACAUCAACACACCCCUCCCAGGCAGUGACGAGGAGACCCCUCCCACUGCCAGCGACGAGGACUUUGAGCCUCUGCUGCAGGACAGUAUCGUUUGAUGGACAGGUGAAAGGACCAC